GGCGGAAGCGGCGGCUCUAUAAAGAAACCGGCUGCGUGAGCGAUGCUUCAGGAAUUUUAAACGCUAAAGCGCUUUUAUUCAUACUCGCGUAUCGUUCUUGUUUUAUUUGUAUCUCUUCCAUUGAUAAUUCGUCGCGUACGUUUGUUUCUAACGUUACCGUACAUCGCUACAUAGUAACAUCGACAUUUCCGUUUUGUAUUCGUGAAGGAUCUGACCAGCGAUUUUAACCAUGUUUCCUGAGAGCAGCACUGGGUACAGCUAUGAGGACUGCCAGGCCACAGCUGACUGGCUUCAGUCCCAGACUGCAGUGCGUCCUCUGGUGGGCAUUGUGUGUGGUUCGGGUUUGGGUGGGCUGGCUGACGCCUUGAAGGACCAGGUGGCCUUCAACUACAGGGACAUCCCCAACUUCCCCCAAAGUACAGUGCACGGUCACGCAGGACGGCUGGUGUUUGGCACUUUGAAGGGCAGACCUUGUGUCUGCAUGCAGGGACGGUUUCAUCUCUAUGAGGGAUAUCCCAUCCAAAAGAUUACGAUGCCAAUGCGGAUAUUCAAACUGCUGGGUGUGGAGACCGUGAUUCUCACCAACGCUGCUGGCGGUCUGAACCAGGACUAUAAAGUAGGCGACAUCAUGAUCAUCAAAGAUCAUCUCAACAUGCCUGGAUUUGCUGGAAACAACCCUCUGGCUGGACCCAAUGACGAUAGGUUUGGCGUUCGUUUCCCGUGCAUGUCUGAUGCAUACGAUCGAGAACUCCAGCAGCUGGCGCUCGACGUGGGUUCGGAGCUCGGUUACAGCGACUUCCUGCGAGAGGGCGUGUACUGCGUUCUAGGAGGACCGUCAUUCGAGACAAUCGCAGAGUGUCGCAUGCUGCACAAACUGGGAGCUGAUGCUGUCGGCAUGAGUACGGUUCACGAGGUGAUCGUGGCACGGCACUGUGGGAUGCACGUCUUCGCUCUGUCUUUGAUAACUAAUAAGGCGGUGAUGGACUACGACAGCGAGGAAAAGGCCAAUCAUGAGGAAGUUCUGCAGACGGGCAAACAGAGGGCGGAGCAGCUGGAGAGGCUGGUGUCCACCAUAGUCACCCGGAUAGAGCACAACAACAAUUUCUCUUAAGACUGUUCGCAGAUCAGUCGCAGACCAAAGAACGCUGAUUCAUCUAUGAACAAACAUUAUGGUUAUGGUUACAAAAACCUUGCUAUACAGGUCAAUUCCACUUGGCUCCCACUUAUUUAUAUUUGCUGAAUCUUCUUAAAGCCUUCAUUCAGUUUUGGUCUGUGAUGUUUUGCCCUUAUGUACAUAAACCCGGUCAACAGGAGAGUGCUUUAUAAAAGAAAAAUACAAAUAAUUUUUACAUUCCUCUGAAUGUUAAAGCUGAUGUUUCUUAUUUAACGUCUUCGUUAACGUUUACCAUUUGUUACUGUCUUAAUUUAAAAUUCGAAUUCUCUGUAAAACUUUGAUUGCUUUUGUGGUAUUUGUCAGUAGAUGUACAGUAAAUGCCUAUCUUAUGUGUUUUUUAACAUUUAUUAAUAAAUUUGGCUAUUUAUUA